CUCAGCCGCCUGAUGACCAUAAUGGGACCAAUUGUCUGAAUGCUGCAGGGAACUGAAUCUCCUGAUCACAGAGACUGUAUUUCAGCCUCUGAUGCUCCUGAAUGGACAUUAUGGAACACUACAGUGUGCAGGGUAGAAGGGAUCGGGACCCAUAUGUCAAUGGUCUAGGAUGGCCAGUGAAGGCUCCAACAUCCCAAGUCCUGUGGUGCGACAGAUUGACAAACAGUUUCUGAUUUGCAGCAUAUGCCUGGAACGUUACAAGAACCCCAAAGUACUUCCCUGUCUGCACACUUUCUGUGAGAGGUGCUUGCAGAAUUACAUUCCAGUCCACAGUUUAACCCUUUCUUGCCCAGUGUGCCGCCAGACCUCCAUUCUGCCAGAGAAAGGGGUUUCUGCACUCCAGAACAACUUCUUUAUCACUAACCUGAUGGAUGUCCUGCAGCGAACACCAGAAAACAGCAUUGAAGAGUCCUCCAUCUUGGAGACUGUCACAGCUGUUGCUGCAGGAAAACCUCUCUCCUGCCCCAAUCAUGAUGGAAAUGUGAUGGAAUUUUACUGCCAAUCUUGUGAGACAGCCAUGUGCCGGGAAUGUACAGAGGGAGAACAUGCAGAACACCCCACUGUACCUCUCAAGGAUGUGGUAGAACAACACAAGGCUUCACUACAAGUCCAGCUGGAUGCGGUCAACAAAAGACUUCCAGAGAUCGAUUCUGCACUUCACUUCAUAUCUGAAAUUAUACGUCAGUUAGCCAACCAAAAGGCUAGCAUUGUAGAUGACAUUCAUUCCACUUUUGAUGAACUACAGAAGACUUUAAAUGUGCGAAAGAGUGUGUUGCUUAUGGAACUGGAAGUGAAUUAUGGCCUUAAACACAAAGUCCUACAGACACAGCUGGAUACCCUGCUUGAAGGACAGGAGAGUAUUAAGAGUUGCAGCAACUUUACAGCCCAAGCACUCAACCAUGGCACUGAAACUGAAGUUUUACUGGUUAAGAAGCAAAUGAGUGACAAGCUGAAUGAGCUGGCUGACCAGGACUUCCCACUGCAGCCCCGUGAAAAUGACCAGCUGGACUUCAUAGUAGAAACAGAAGGACUGAAGAAAUCCAUUCACAACCUGGGUACUAUUUUAACCACUAAUGCUGUAGCAUCUGAAACAGUUGCCACAGGUGAGGGGCUGAGGCAAACUGUGAUUGGACAGCCUAUGUCAGUUACCAUAACAACCAAGGACAAAGAUGGAGAGCUCUGUAAAUCUGGGAAUGCUUACCUCACUGCUGAACUGAGCACACCUGAUGGGAGUGUGGCGGAUGGAGAAAUACUUGACAAUAAAAACGGCACUUAUGAAUUUUUGUAUACUGUUCAGAAAGAAGGGGACUUUACUCUCUCACUGAGACUUUAUGAUCAGCAUAUCAGGGGCAGUCCAUUUAAACUUAAAGUGAUCAGAUCAGCAGACGUGUCCCCUACUACCGAAGGAGUUAAGAGGCGUGUUAAGUCUCCUGGCAGUGGCCAUGUGAAGCAGAAAGCUGUGAAAAGACCAGCUAGUAUGUACAGCACUGGCAAAAGAAAAGAGAAUCCUAUUGAAGAUGACUUGAUCUUCAGAGUGGGUACCAAAGGAAGAAACAAAGGGGAAUUUACAAAUCUUCAGGGGGUAGCUGCAUCUACAAAUGGAAAAAUAUUAAUUGCAGACAGUAACAACCAGUGUGUACAGAUAUUUUCCAAUGAUGGCCAGUUCAAAAGUCGUUUUGGUAUACGAGGAAGGUCUCCUGGCCAGUUGCAGAGGCCUACAGGAGUGGCUGUGCAUCCUAGUGGUGACAUCAUUAUUGCAGACUAUGAUAACAAAUGGGUUAGCAUAUUUUCAUCAGAUGGAAAAUUUAAGGCAAAAAUUGGAUCUGGAAAACUUAUGGGACCAAAAGGUGUUUCCGUGGAUCGUAAUGGGCACAUCAUUGUUGUGGACAACAAAGCAUGUUGUGUAUUUAUCUUCCAGCCAAAUGGAAAAAUAGUAACCAGGUUUGGUAGCCGAGGAAAUGGGGACAAGCAGUUUGCAGGUACACUUGACGGUCCUCAUUUUGCAGCUGUAAACAGCAACAAUGAAAUCAUUGUUACAGAUUUCCAUAACCAUUCUGUCAAGGUAUAUAACCAGGAAGGAGAAUUCAUGUUGAAGUUUGGAUCUAAUGGAGAAGGCAAUGGACAGUUUAAUGCUCCAACAGGAGUAGCUGUAGAUUCUAAUGGAAAUAUUAUUGUAGCAGAUUGGGGAAACAGUCGAAUACAGGUUUUUGAUGGAAGCGGAUCUUUUUUAUCCUACAUUAACACAUCUGCUGACCCACUUUAUGGUCCCCAAGGUCUGGCGCUAACUUCAGAUGGCCAUGUUGUAGUUGCAGACUCUGGAAAUCACUGCUUCAAGGUCUAUCGAUACUUACAGUAACAAUGGGCUCUGGAGCUGCCUGGCCCUUAACAAACGACUGGUCCCAGAGAUCCUUAAUCGAUCUCUCUGUGGAGGAUGUGUACUUUAAUUAAUUACUUUUUAAUGUUGAAGGAGUCUCCAGUGGACUUUUCAUGUUUAUUUCCAAACUUACCUUGUUUACAUAGGACUUGCACUUCUUAUGUUCCUCAUUGAAUUUAUUGUACGGGUUAAUAAACAAAACCCUCCUUUGCUGAAUUCAUUAGGACAAUGAAAUAUUAAACAUGUGAACUGCAGCUUGUGGAACGGGAAUUUAAGUAGUUGACUAAUUUUGCAAAUAAAAUAAAAUGAAAAUAUCUAAACUAUUUGAAGGGGUUUAUUUAACCUGUGAAGGGUAGCUCCCGUUCAGAGCUUCCAAAUUUGAAAAGUGUCAUUGUUAUGCAUUAUUUAACCCAACAGUGAAGACUGGGAGUCUUUUAGAUCUCAUUAUCAUGGUAGGUAUUGCACAUGUAACAUUCUUCAGUCUUAGUAACUAUUACAGAUAGGCUCUUUUAGUAAAGAUAUAACGUUAAGUCAUGCAAAAUCCUUCCAGCUCUAUUUGCCAGACAUAACACAGCUCAACUUUUAGUAUUAUACAAAUCGACGCAAAUUUCCUACUCUUUGUGAGAUUAAUGAAGGAUUGUUUCAUGUGCUUGUUUCCAACCCCUCCUACUGCUCACUGUGUUGUAAGCUCUUUCUAGAGACCUAAAAUUUCUACAGCUUUGGAAAAACUGCACUGUAAUGAUACAUUAGUUACUGCUGACUUUCUGUAGAAUGACAGAUCCAUUAACACCAAACAAAGUCAUUAGAAUCAGGGUCAUUAUAAUGUCCUAUCCUCAUGUAUGCAAUUCUUCCAUACGUGUUCUUUGGCAUACUUUCUAAAGGCAACUCGAUAUAUUCAUCAACAUAUCACACAGGACAGAAAGCCACACAGGUACUCCUUUGGAGGACCUACAUUGUACAACCAAAGGAACUGUGGUUAACAAAUGUUGUAUGGUGACAGCCAAGGGUUAUCAAAGCUAUUUAACUCGAGAAAAGUACAUUACAAAUAAGAGUGAAUUGAACCAAUAUCUGAAGUCCUUAGUCAAUUAGAUGUUUUUCUGAAGACAAAAUAAGGACCGCAGGAUUUGUCCCAUUAUGUAUGUGUGUAUGUUUGUUUGACACAGGAAUAAAGAAAGUAAGUGUCAGUGAUUUCAGCAAGCCAUUUGAGGAUGGCAACACUCUAAAAAGGAGUGUCUCUCCCCGCUCCCCCAUCUCUACUAUAUUUCUGAAACUCCAAUUUAAUUUAAAAUGCUUAGUCAUAUGACUUACUUAAAAUAGAUCCAAAUUUUGUAUUUUCCUGUGUAUAAUGUGAACCUGCCCAUUUUAAGAAGCACUAAUUUUAUAAAGAAUUGUAAAGUCGAGUCUCAAAAGAUGUGUUGGCACUGUUCAUGAAUACAGGGUCAUGCCCUCUCUCAACCCUGUGCAGAGAGGCUAUGGUCAGUAUGGUGCCAAUGGCUGAAAUAAUCUUGGAGUAGUACCUUUUCUUUAUUUAGGAAUCUUUAUUUUAUUUUAUUUUUUUUUAAAGAGGAAAGUAGAUGGGGGACCAUCUUAAGUAUGUCUGCAAAAUUGAAGUUGAUUUUUGUUAAAUUACUUGUAUUAUUUUGUUUCUAACAAGUUAAAUCUGUUGUUUCAGCUCUCUUGAGAAAUGUGCAUAACAUCAAUUUUCUGUAAAGAAGCAGACCUUGAAAUUCAUGAGGAUGAAGUUGUCUAUUUUUUGAAUUGUUAUAUUUGUUGGGGUUUUUUCCCCCUUCUCUUGCUUAUUUUUUGCACUUAGAGCCCAAUCUUGCAAACCCUUGCAGACAAAAUUAAUCUCAUGAUUUCAGUAGGAUGACUGGCUUCUCUAAGGGCUGCAGUGUUGGAGUAUAAAAUGUAGCUGGAAAAUUGGUAAUAACAUUUUCUAAAUUUUAAAAACCAAGCAAGUAUUAUCAAGAGGGCAAGGUAUUUUGUGUUUGAACUUAGUUUGUCCUAAAAUUCUGCAAGGAGGAUAGAGUCCCAUCCAUUAUUUCACUAUGAAUUAUCCUCUUAAACUUCUAGAUCCUUCUAGAAGGAGCCUUCUAGCCAACACUCUGACACACAAUCACUCUGUCAUUGGAGCACUUGGAAAACUAUUAACAUACUAAGGAAAAAGAAUAUUCUAUAUGUAACAUUUCAACUGUAUUUAUUAACCAAGAAAAAAGUUCCACCUAUUUUCUAUGUUAAGGCCUUGAAUAAAAUUAUAAAUCUAUUGCUGUGGAUUAUUUUUAAAGGACGGUAUUAAUUUGGCCCAAAAUUUAGAUUUUUGUAAAAAAUAUUUUUACUAAGAUUGAGAUAAAUGGAAGAGUUUUCAUGGAAAGAAGGGAAAGGGGGGAGGGGAACCAGUACAGGCCAAAUCCUCCAUUGACACAGAAAUUCUGAGGCCCACAGGGAUCAGUCCCUAAAUGGUCUCUUGAAAAAGUUCUAUAAAACACAUACUCAAGAUACCAUUUCAUGUGUACAUAACAUGUAUGUACAUUGUUCCUCUAAAGAUUUUCAAAAAAUAAGAGUUCCUUUGAUCUAAUAUUAAUAAAUAAGGCUUUAAUUAAUCUAUGUCAAUCUGUCACAUCUUGAUGAAAUCUGGAACUCUUACAUAAUCCAUUUACUAAUACAUUUAGGAGAUGUGGCCUUCUCCUUCUAGAUCCUUGUUCAUCUUUUGUGUUGAGUUUUCAGAACCUGUCAUCAAUGCAGCACCCACUGAUACUGACCAGUGCUGACAACUGCCCCUAAUCUGAAUUCUGCUUACACAGCAAAUACUUCCCAAUUGCAGUUUUAAACUCAAUGAUAUCAUGCAGUCCCUUUACAAUGCCAACCUUAUCUUCCUGGAACAAGAAGACUGAGAAAUGCAUUGCUUUCACAGUGUGCUUUGGAAACCUAGUCAGCUAAAACACUUGGCUAAAAGACCUUAAAGACAGCAAUCAUGGUAGAAAUUUGGUAAUAUUUUAUGGUGACAGAUUCUUUUCUCUUCCAAUUAAGUAACUGCCUGAAUUGCACUAUUAGGUCUUCUGAGCUAUUAACAUCUAUCAAAGGCUCCAGGUAGAACACGCCUCCUGUACUGCCAUGUACACCCUAACUGUUCCACUGACCUCAAUGGAAUGCUAGGAGAUUGGCAACACAGCGGAGGAGUGGUGGAGGUAUGAGUUCUGUUUAAACUAUGGAAGUAAUGUCAGAUGGUUUUCUGGAAGUUAUGUUAUCUGCACUAUUUUAGGACAAACUAGUGGACUAUAUAUUUAUUAAUUUUUGAAAUGGAAGAAAAGUAUCUGUUCAGUUAAAUCCUGAACAAACACUAAUGCAUUUUUUUUACAUUGAUUAAAGUUUCAGCAAUGUAACUGAAAAGGAAAAUGAAGAUGUUUUGAGGCAAACAUUGUCUAAUGGUGUUGGAGACUUGUUAAUUAGUAAAUGCUGGUAUGUUCUGUAAAAGUUACAGGGCUUUCAACUUUAUAAUUUUGUUAAUAUUUUUUUAUAACUAAGGAUCUAGUGUUGCCAUAAUGAAAACUAUAAGUGCCCAAUAAGUUAUGUUAUAAGGAAAUGAUUUUUGUUUAUGGAUGACAACAAGUUAUGAACUCAUGAUGUACAUUCAGAACUUUCUUGAAGAUGAAUUGUGAGCAGUGAUUAUUUGGUCUGUUUGUGGAGAUUGUAUGAAAGAUAUUUGUACUUAGAGUAGGAUGAUCCUAAAUUGGUUAUGAUGUUUCUGAUGAAUAUACUGCACUUCAGUUAAUGUUUGUGAGCAACACAGCCUUAACCCUGAUGCUUUUGCUUUAUGACAUGGGAAUGUUCCAUAUUUUGCAUAGCGUACAGCAAUAUCCCUGUGCUAGAAAUCUGUAUCAUUUAAUACAUUAUACCUUUCCAGUCCUAGAAGUGAAUAUACAUUUUUUUAAGUUUUGUACAUUCCAUUUUUGUAAAUCAGUUUCAUAUGUUUUGUGUAUAGAACAUAUAAAGUCUUGCAUUCUCAAACUGAUAUUGAAAUAUUCUAGCCAUUUGUUCUUCUCUCCCCUCCCCCACGCCCCUCGAGGACAAAAUACAAACUGUUUGCUUAAGGUCGAGGAUGAAAGAUGUGCAUCAAAAAGUGUUUGUAUGUGUGUAGUUUUAGCUUCAUGUGUGCUGUGGUAUUUUUGAUGCUUUAGCCUACAAUAAAAACUUUUAAAAUUUAAUCCGUCUUGGAAACCUAGGAAAAAUCAAUCAAAUGUUGUAUCUUACCACACACACAAAUUUCAAAUAAUAAAAAUAAAGCUUGUUUCCUCUGUUUA